AGGUUUGUGGGUAUAGGAUUACGUAUGUUUCAAAUUAGUGCUCAACUAAUUGAAUUAAUUAAACCACAUGUUUAAUUAGUCGUCAAGCAAAGAACCCGUAUCGGCAAUCUACUUUAUCAGCCAUGAUCGGACCGGACGCAAGAACGUUAAAAGCAAUUAAAGAUUUGAAAGAAACUAAAACAAAACACCGUCAUUUUCAACAACAGGCUUAUAAUUUCCUUGAACGUCCAACUGGAGUCAAAUGUUUCGUUUAUCACGUCCUAGUAUUCAUGAUGGUUCUGAUAUGUUUGAUAUUCAGUGUCCUGUCAACAAUCGAAGGGCAAGAACGUAAUAAUGUGAAGCCAUUGUUAGUCAUGGAAGCAAUUCUCGUCGUUGUUUUCACCAUCGAAUAUUUUGUCCGCUUGUGGUCAGCAGGGAGCAUUGGUAAAUACAGGGGUUGCCUUGGUCGACUUCGAUUCGCCAGGAAACCAAUUUGCGUCAUAGACCUUAUGGUGGUUAGCGCAUCUGUUGUUAUAUUGCUCGUCGGGAGAAAUGGGAACGUUUUCGCUGCAUCUGCUAUCAGAGGCAUCCGAUUUCUCCAGAUAUUACGUAUGUUACAUGUUGAUCGACAAGGAGGAACAUGGCGGCUGUUGGGUAGCGUCGUAUACAUUCACCGACAAGAGUUAAUCACCACUUUAUACAUUGGGUUUCUUGCUCUUAUAUUUUCAUCGUACUUCGUAUAUCUGGCGGAGAAACCGGCACCAGAAUCUUUCAAGAACGGUACUUCCCCUACUGGUAAAUUCCGGAGUUACGCCGAUGCUUUAUGGUGGGGUGUGGUCACAGUUACUACGAUUGGCUACGGUGAUCACGUGCCGAUCACGUGGUUGGGCAAAGUGAUUGCGUCAUGCUUCUCCAUUUUCGCGAUUUCUUUUUUCGCGCUUCCAGCUGGGAUUUUAGGAUCCGGGUUCGCUUUAAAAGUCCAGCAGAAACAGAGACAAAAACAAUUUAACCGACAAAUACCGGCGGCUGCUGCUUUAAUUCAAGCAACAUGGCGUUGUUACGCAACUUCCGUCGGCACCAAUUGUUCCGCUACGUGGAGGUUGUUCAAGAUAGCUGGUAACCAUCGCAACAGUGACGUCACAAAUUGUGAUGACGUAUUUAUCGAAGAAACACAGCCAAGGCCAAAUACAACAAAAAAAUCUCGUUGCGCCCUCUCACGGUUGCAUUUAGAUAUUCCAAUAUUCCGCACGAGGCCGCCAUUGAGUAAGGAAGAUAAAUCGCAGUCGAUUCCGUUCGAAAUCGGGAUCGACGUUGAUGAAAACCCCGCAGAUGGAAUGCCCGAGUCUUAUAAGAACGUCGUCCGCGCAACAAGACGACUUAUUUACUUUCUUGCGAAGAAAAGGUUCCAGCGAUCUCGGAAGCCAUAUGACGUACGUGACGUGGUGGAACAAUAUUCACAAGGUCACGCAAACGUCAUGAUGAGAAUAAAGGAGCUCCAGCGAAGGUUGGAUCUCACGUUGGGGAAACCUUCGUCGUUUACUGACUGCCAAUUCACAGCAGGCGAGCUAGGGAGUAAUUCUCCAGUCAACGAUCGGCAGAGGUUAACCGCUGGAGGUCGUCUUUUACGUCUUGAAAAAUGGACUGAAACAACCGACAGAAAACUCGACGCCAUUUUUAAACUUUUGGAAAAACUCAACGAGAAAUGAGAGAAGUAGAAGCAAGGUGUUACGUCACUGUUAAUGGCGUAGUAAUGACGUCAUCAGUUUUUAUAUUCAUUCGCAAAGAAAUUCAACCAAGCGGACACUUUAUUUUGCACUAGUUUUCACGAUGACGUAAUAAAGUGUUUAUUAUGUAA